CUCUCUCUCUCUCUCUCUCUCUGCUGAGAAUGGCGCUCUCUUCUUUCCGAGUUCACUGUUCAUUUCUGAAACUCUCAUCUUCCUUUAACGGCGAAGCCUCACCAUCUUCGUCAUAUUCAGCAUCUUUUAUGGGUUCUCCGCUCACCCUCUCACGCUCAAUUACUCUUCCUGGUUCGUCACAAUCACUUUCCAGGAAGCAAUUUGUGGUUUUUUCUAGGAAGAUGACGGGAUUGGAGGAAGCUAUGAAAAUUAGAAGAGAACGUGAACUUGAAGUUGUGAAAAAGGAUAAAAGUAGGCCCCCAUUAAGGCGUGGGAGAGUAUCACAAUAUCUCCCUGUCCCUGAUCACAUACCAAGGCCUCCUUAUGUAGGUUCAAAUAUACUGCCGGAAAUUGCAAAUGAGUAUCAAAUUCAUGAUUCUGAAGGUAUAGCUAAAAUGAGAGCUGCAUGUGAGCUUGCAGCACGUGUCUUAAACUAUGCAGGGACUUUGGUUAGGCCGUCUGUAACAACUAAUGAAAUUGAUAAAGCAGUGCACCAGAUGAUAAUUGACGCUGGUGCUUAUCCCUCACCCCUUGGCUAUGGUGGAUUUCCAAAAAGUGUGUGCACAUCAGUUAAUGAGUGCAUGUGCCAUGGAAUACCUGAUUCUCGGCAGUUACAGAAUGGUGAUAUUAUUAACAUUGAUGUGACAGUCUACCUUAAUGGAUAUCAUGGAGACACAUCAAAGACAUUUUUUUGUGGGGAAGUCAGUGAUGCAAUGAAAAACCUUGUUAAGGUAACUGAAGAGUGCUUGGAGAAAGGAAUAGCUGUUUGCAAGGAUGGAGCUACUUUUAGGAAAAUUGGAAAGAAGAUCAGUGAGCAUGCUAAAAAGUAUGGCUAUGGUGUAGUGGAGCGUUUUGUUGGGCAUGGUGUGGGAACAGUGUUUCAUUCUGAGCCAAUUAUUUUACAUUACCGCAAUGACAAGACAGGUUGCAUGGUUGAAGGUCAAACAUUUACAAUUGAGCCUAUUCUUACUAUGGGAAGCAUUGAUUCCAUUACUUGGCAAGACAACUGGACAACGUUAACAGCUGAUGGUAGUCCAGCUGCACAGUUUGAACAUACCAUUUUGAUAACUAGGACUGGAGCCGAAAUUUUGACUACAUGUUGAUGUGGUAUUUUUUAUUUAUUUUUUUUGAAUCUAUAAUGAUCAUGCCAUGAAAUCUGAAUAGUGUUCGUAUCUGAGCUGAAAAUAUCUGCCUUCAAUUUGCUUUUGGUGGAUUCUGCACGGGCAGGUAAAGAUUGCCUUGAGGAGCUAUAUACCAUAUUCUCUUGUGCACAGAAUUUAUGUGAAGGAACUCGAACCAGAUAUAGAAAUGCACAGAGAUUGAGCAAUACGUGUUUCUAUAUCAUCAAAUACAAAGUUGCUACUAAACAUCUUGUGGAAACUAUUACAACAAUGCAUUCAGAGAGGCCUGCUCGGAUAAUUGUCCAAUUGAAAGCUGAAUUGGUAGUCUAAUUUAGGUUGUAAGUAUAGUUUGGUUCUUGUUCUUUGGAAUUGUCUAAUUUGAUACUUCGAAGUUAUGGUAAAGAGUUAAGCUGAGAUUUAAGAAUUGAUAUAAAGUGGUGGAGAUAAGCCAUGGAAAAUCUUGAUAAAGUUGAACUGGAUGACCUGUCUAAAGUUAAAUUUAAGGUCGUGGACAUAAUGACUGUUGGAAUCAUUAAAAGCUCAAUACACGGAUAAUCCCGGGCCCCAGCCAAAAGGAAUAUGCAUGCUUGCCUAAAGAAUAUGUUGUUAUUCUAUUAACUUAUCACAUGGGAUUAGGUUGGGAAAAGGUUCAAUUGAUUUCUAUUUGAAGUUGCAUCUCUUCGUUUAAUGUUCAUUAAUGAGGUUGAAAAAUAAUUCCUAUCUUUUAUGAUGUUUUGCACAUUAGUUUAAGGGAAAAAGAAGUUUCAUGUUAUAGAAAUUUUUUUAUAUCCUGUCAUAAAUACAACAAGUGUGGGACUAUUUAAAAAGAAAAAGAAAAAGAGUGGCAUAUUUUUUUAUGGUGUUUGCUAGAAGCAAUGUUUUAAAACUUGAAUCGUCAUCGAUUCGAUCAAGAUAUUGGGUUACUGAGUUAGUGGUUCAAUUAGAUUUUAAAAAAUUAUGAAUAUUAUGUCUAACAAAUAAAAGUGAUCUUGUAGUAAACCUUUCAAUCCUCAAACAAGGAGGAUUUAAGUUGGAAUUCUGUUGCUUGUACAUAAUUUAACAUAAAAUCACUCGGUGGUAGAAGGGUUUGUUUUUCCCGUGGUGUCUUUUAAUUCCUAGGGAGACAAAAAAUAAAAAAAUGGGAGGAAGUGCCGUGUGAUGUUUUAUGUAUGAAAUUAUAUAUAUUAUAUAAAGAGUAGCAGCCCCUCAGAAGAACAAAGAAAUUUUCGCUAAUCGUGUCAUGUGUCCUGAUAAUUUUAUUUUAAAUUGACUAGUAGAUGCAUC